AUGUCGCGUCCUCAAGAUGACAGAAACCAAGAGGCUACAGUGUACUUGGGAAAUUUGGACGAGAGGUGUACAGAUGCACUCAUUUGGGAGUUGAUGUUGCAGGCUGGUCCCGUCGUUAACGUCCAUUUACCAAAAGACCGUAUAUCAAUGGCUCAUCAAGGAUACGGUUUCUGUGAGUUUUUGACGGAAGAAGACGCGGAAUAUGCCUGUAAGAUCAUGAACCAGAUUAAACUUUGGGGAAAGCCCAUAAGAGUUAACAAGGCGUCUUCGGAUAAAAAGCAACUCGAUGUUGGCGCCAAUUUGUUCGUUGGGAACUUGGAUGAGAAUGUGGACGAGCGACUAUUGUAUGAUACGUUCAGUGCGUUUGGUAUGAUGGCUACGACGGCCAAGAUUGCUCGAGAUCCCUCAACAGGUGUAUCAAAGGGCUACGGUUUCGUGUCCUACACCGACUUUGAAUCCUCCGACGCAGCCAUCGAAUCCAUGAACGGCCAAUUCCUCAUGAACAAAGCCAUCACCGUCCAAUACGCCUUCAAAAAAGACGGCAAAGGCGAACGUCACGGUACCGCCGCCGAACGACUCCUCGCCCGCGCAGCACGGAAGAACAACGCGCUUCCGGUGGCAGCGCGUCCGCCUCCAGCACCGAUGGCGUUUGGCGCUGCGAGGCCGCCUGUGCCUGCUGGGUUCCCGCAGCCGUACCAGGCGGGGCAGUUUGCGGGUGCGUUGGCUGCCCCGCCGCAGCCGCCUGGGUUUACGCCGCAGCAGACGAUGGUGGCGCCCCCGCCGCCUGUGGGGAUGCCGAUGGGUAUGCCCCCGCCUGGGAUGGCGCCGCCUAUGGGUAUGCCUCCGAUGGGUAUGCCGCCCCCGCCUGUUGGGAUGCCUGUGUAUCCUGGGUAUGGUGCGCCGCCUAUGGCUCCUCCUGGUGUCCCGCCUCCUGGGUUUGGUGGGUAUGCUCCUCCGCCUCCACCACCCCAAGCUAUGCAGCAGCAACAACACCAGUGA